CUCCGGUGUUGUUCCUGCUCGCCUCCUCUACUCCUCCGGUGUUUUAUUUGCGAAUCUCCAGCUUUUUUCUCUCUCUCUCCACCAGCAGGACGUGGAUCCGAUCGUCUUCUCUGCGUAUUUUCGCUCCUCUCCCUCUUUCAUUGUUGCACAUAGAUGCGUUCAGCGUCGCCUGCUUCCUCCAGUGACCCAUGUCUGCGCGCAGCUCGCCUCCCUGCGCUCUCAAUAGAUGGUGCAAGUCAAAAUGUCCAAAUCGCCCGUAGACCCUCUGUCUGCCAUGGAGACCAGCGGCUCCCAGUCGCACUAUUUCCAGCUGCCGAGGAAGUUGCCUAAACGCAAGAGCCGCUUCAAACGCUCUGAUGGCAGCACGUCUUCUGACACCACAUCCAGCUUCAUCAAACGACAGGGGUCGGCUGAUUCCUACACCAGUAGACCGUCGGAUUCAGACCUGUCAGCAGAGGAGGACCGCGAGGCGUAUCGGCGUGAAGCCGAGCGCCAGGCACAGCUGCAGCUCGACAGAGCUAAGUCCAAACCUGUAGCGUUUGCAGUAAAGACGAACGUGAGUUACUGUGGAGCUCUGGAUGAGGACUGUCCUGUCCAAGGAGCUGCAGUCAAUUUUGAUGCCAAAGACUUCCUGCACAUCAAAGAAAAGUACAACAAUGACUGGUGGAUCGGUCGGCUCGUCAAAGAGGGAGCGGACAUCACCUUCAUCCCCAGUCCUCUACGACUGGAGGCCAUGAGACUGAAACAGGAGCAGAGACAGAGGAAAACUGGAGGAAAUUCCUCCAGUUUAGGAGACAUGGUGACUGGGAGCUGGAGGACCACACCGCCAUCUGCAGGUGAAUCCAAACAGAAGCAAAAACAGGAACACGUCCCUCCCUACGACGUGGUGCCCUCUAUGCGGCCGGUGGUCCUCGUGGGACCAUCGCUGAAGGGCUAUGAGGUGACGGACAUGAUGCAGAAAGCCCUUUUCGACUUCCUGAAACACAGAUUUGAUGGAAGAAUCUCAAUCACCCGUGUAACUGCUGACCUGUCUUUAGCCAAGAGGUCCGUCCUUAACAAAAGACCCAUCAUGGAGAGAUCCAACACUCGCUCCAGCCUCGCCGAGGUUCAGAGUGAGAUUGAGAGGAUAUUCGAACUUGCCAAAACGCUGCAGCUGGUGGUUCUGGACGCCGACACCAUCAACCAUCCUGCACAGCUCGCCAAAACCUCCCUCGCACCCAUCAUUGUCUACGUCAAAGUUUCCUCACCAAAGGUGCUCCAGAGGCUGAUCAAAUCCAGGGGAAAGUCUCAGAGCAAACACCUGAAUGUGCAGAUGAUGGCUUCAGACAAACUCUCUCAGUGUCCUCCUGAUAUGUUCGAUGUCAUUUUGGAUGAGAACCAGCUGGAAGACGCCUGCGAGCACUUGGCUGAAUACCUGGAGAUCUACUGGCGCGCCACUCACCUGCCAGGAAACACGCCUCUUAAUCCCUUAUUGGAGCAGAGUCUGAUGACCCCGCCUUCUGCCAUCUCUAGCUUGCAGAACCAGAACAAGAACCAGCCGCAGCCUCGUGAGGCGGCUGGCCUGGAGGGUGAUGAGGAAGAGGCGGGCGAGGAGGCCCACUCCCCUUUGGAGCAGGACAGUCUCAUGCCAUCCGACGAGGCCAGCGACUCCCUGUCUCGCGGCCGCAGGGGGAGCCCAUGCCAAAGGGGGGUGGAGGAGGACGAGGAGGAGGAAGAAGAGGAAGAGGAGGAAGAGGAGGAGAAUGAGUAUGCCUCCCCCUGCCAUGCUCGCACAUACAGGGACAUGUACCCAGCUCACCGCGGGCACACGGGCAGUGCUCACAGUGCCAACGGGCACGAGGCGCAGGACAGGCUUCUCCAGCGCGAAGCUCAGCAAGGUCACAACCAGAGGAACAACCGCCAGCGCAGCCGCCCCUGGCCCAGAGACACCUACUGAGGAACAAGGCCCCCCCACCCGCUCUCCUCAGCAUGGAGAUCACCCCGAGCCCUCCGAAGGUCCAAGAGCCCAAACACAACAUUUAAAGAUGAGGAAAACAAAACAAAACAAAAGUCCAAACUCUUACGUUAUAGAUGCCCAGUUAAUGAAGCGGUUCAGGCGUUUAGUCUUCACAUUUCUUCCAGAGUCCCAGUUUUAAUUUAUCUAAACCGAGCAGAUGUCACGACCUCUUCAGGGUCGAGGCAUUCCGAGAAAAGUCAACAGGGCUACUCACCUCUGCAAGGGAAAGGUUUCAGGCUACCAGCCGUUACUCAAACUCAAACUUUAGCUGCUUUGCCUAAGGUUUCUCUAUCGUACGAUGUCUCAUAUACUGGCCUUAAACUUCCUAAGACUUUUAACUAUCUUUACUAUUGCAUGAGUAUAAUUAUUUUAAGACUAUUUGCACACGACGUCAGAACAGGAACUGAAUGAAGCUAAUGUAGGAAUGUUCUACUGUUGAAUCAUUUUAUGAGGAAUAGUAAUGCAUUUGAUUCCAAUGUAUAUACUGAAUGGCCACCUGCUUUUGUUUCAUUGCUACUUUAUCUAUUGAUUUGUUUUGAGUUUGUUAAUAUUGACUUGUUUGCUGUUUCAGAAAAAAAAACAAAUGCUGCCAUCACUUUUACUCUGACGGUGAAUGGCGUUCAGGAGACUCACGUACAGUUUGUCAUUCUGUCCCAAUGUGUAAGUAUGAAGCUGCGGUACAGUGUCGUGUCACUCGCGGUACCAGUGCGGUCUGGGCAUCACUUGUCUUUGCUGUUGCACAAUCACUCUCUCUCAACACCUCGAAAAAGCUAUAAAAAAAAAACAAAACAAAAAAAAACACGGGCACAGAGAAUGUAAACACAACCGAGAAAAGGGAAUGUCGCCUUCUACAGGAUGAAUUAUUUGCCAAACUUGCUUGUUUACAUCGAGUCAUCGACAUAUUUCAAGCACACGCUGCGCAGCUGCAGCUCCUCUUCAGAUCCAGUCUUCAGAGAAUGUAAGCUUGCGAGCCUUUUUUGCACCUCCGACCCAAACCGAUCGCCCUGUAAUUCGAUUGUAGCACGUCAUUGAUUGUAGCAUCCACACAUAAUCUCACCUCUUCCCCCCGAUUUCAAACACUCGCGUCACAUUUUGCAGUUUUACUGUUUGUUUUUUUAAACCAAGGCAGAUCCUCAGGUGUUAGUCCCACACGCUCAUCGCUCCAGUUCAUGCACAGAACAGGUAUCGUGCUCCCGGUGGACUCGUAGCACCCAUGGCACAAAGUCACUCUGUUCCUGCACCAUUUUAAGUCCAUGAGCCGAUGAACGAGUUCGGACAGCGAACCUGCUUGUGUUCACAUACAGGGUAGAUACUUUGCCACAGUCCGCUUUCACUGGUUUACUGCUUCCAUGUCUCACAGGUAUCGCUAUCUAGUGUGCUGUAUAUUUUGAAGAUUAAAAAAAAAAAAGGAAAAAAUCAGCAUGAUUUAAAAACAAAAAGAAGAAAAAAAUCUAUGCAAGUGUUGCAUGAAACCUGAUUGUUUCUUUUUACAGUAUUUUAGUAAUGCAUUGAUUCUGAUUCUCCUCGUUGUCUCGUAGUGAUGGUCUUGUCUUUGGGGCUACUCACUCCUCACACCACUAACAACACGACUACUGAAAAUCUGAAUGCAUCCGUUUAUUUAUCCACAACCCUUAAUAUUGGGGAACUCCUUUUCCAUGACAUUGGGUGGACUCACAGUUUCACGCACUUUUAGAAGUCACUCACUAAAACUUGCCCCAGAUCUGUGAUUUAAUUUUUAAUUUGUCAUUAGAAUAAUAAAAAAAAAAGAAUGAUUGAAUUAUUAAAGCCCAGCAAGUUCACCAAUUAGUUCUUUUCACUAUGUUUUGGCAGAGUAUGUUUUUCAAAGCGGACCAAUUUAGCAACUGAAAAGGCAGUUGAGGUUUUUCAAUUUACGAAGCACAAUUUUUACAAGGGUUAUUAUUUUGUUUCCUCUGUCUUAUUCUGUAUGCAAUACGAAGCCAAACAUUGAGAAACUUUAAACGCCUUAGACCAUCUGGACUUCCUCGUUUGUGUGAGUAGAGAAAAAAAAAAGAAAAAAGAAUUGCACUACUUUUCUUUGGGGAUGGUUGCUUUGUGAUGCAAUAACUGCACUAAAUAUAAUGAUGUAUCCACCAGACUAACACAGCGUGCUAGCGUGGCCCAACACGCCUCUUCCCUCUAUUUAUCAGAAGAGACAGCAGACGUGUAAAAAGUGAGACAUUUCCUGCCUGAUGCUGUAUAGAAUGCUUUCUAUUUGAAAAUAGAUUUACAACAAUGAGUAAAAAUAUGACUUCAACAAAAUAAACAUGACAUUUUAUGUACUUUUAACUGUUGGGGUCAUUUUUUUGUGUCCCACUAACCAACGAUCUGAGUUAAGUUUUGUACCAAUGGUUUCCAGAUGAUUU